CCUGCAACCUUCAACCUACAUCUUCCAUCCUCCAUUAAAUCCAACCUUUCCCAACACUACAUCGCGAACUCCCGGUGCCACGUAUCGCGGACUUCUAGUCUUUGUGACGCCUACCCUCCUCCUCCUUUCCUCCUCCCCAUCCGAUUUGAUCCAUCCCAUCGUCGCCCGUUCAACGUCAUACCUCUCCCAUCACAAUGUCGCAAGAAGAGAAGACAAGACUCUCAGGAGAUAGCGGCGAGGGCAGCAAUGCCUCCAAUGCUCCCAUUCUCCCGACCGUCAACCCGGCCAUUGAAAAGAUGGCAGAGCCACAGAAAGGAGCGGUGCACGCUGCCGUCUACAUCGCAGCAUGGAUAGCCCUGAGCUCAACUGUCAUUCUUUUCAACAAGCAGAUUUUGGACCGGUUAAAAUUCCAUUAUCCCAUCUUCCUCACAACAUGGCAUCUGGGUUUCGCAACCUUGAUGACCCAGGUCCUCGCCCGCACCACCAACCUCCUCGACUCCCGCAAGAAGGUCCCCAUGACCGGCCGCGUUUAUCUCCGUGCCAUCGUCCCCAUUGGCGUGUUCUUCUCCCUUAGCUUGAUAUGCGGCAACGUAGCCUACCUCUACCUGAGUGUGUCAUUCAUUCAGAUGCUCAAGGCCACCACGCCCGUUGCAGUGCUUCUCACCGGCUGGGCACUCGGCACCCAAACUCCCAAUUUCCGGACCCUUGCGAAUGUCAUGCUCAUCGUGGUCGGUGUGAUGAUCGCCUCUGCAGGAGAGAUCCAGUUCGUCAUCAGAGGUGUUCUGUUCCAGAUCUGCGGUCUUACCUUCGAGGCCAUCCGUAUCGUCAUGGUCGAGCGCCUGCUCUCCUCGGCUGAGUUCAAGAUGGACCCGAUUGUGUCGCUCUACUACUUCGCCCCGGCGUGCACCGUCAUGAACGGCAUUGUCUGCCUGUUCUUGGAAAUCCCGAACAUGCAGAUGCAGGAUAUCCUGGACGUCGGCUUGUCCACGCUGUUCCUCAACGGAAUGGUCGCCUUCGGGCUCAAUGUGGCCGUUGUGCUUCUGAUCGGCAAAACCUCAUCCCUCGUCUACACCCUGUCCGGCGUCCUCAAAGACAUCAUCCUGGUCGUUGCGUCUAUGUUCCUCUUCGGCGACCCCGUCACCAUCCUGCAAGCCUUCGGCUACGGCAUCGCCCUCACGGGCCUCGUCUACUACAAGCUCGGUGCGCAGCGCCUCAAGGAAUACAUCGCCGACGGCAAGCGCUCCUGGGACGACUAUGGCCAGCGCCAGCCCGUCAUGCGCAAGAUCAUCGUCUUCGGUCUCGUGGCCAUGGGCAUCUUCAUCGUCGUCGCCGGACUCACCCCGCAGAUCACCUCCGACUACGACGCCAGCGCGUACGCGAAGACGAAGAUCGGCGAGCUGCUUGGCGAGAAGGGUAUGAAGGCCUAGAUUCCUCGCGACACGCCACGGGCCGGUUUACGCAUCGGCCCUACCUAUUCGGAUGAAGAAACGCGUCUAACAUGACCUUGUAUAUCGAGGCGUAAUCGAGGAGAACGCAAAAACGGAGCAGGGGGGAGCGGGGAGCGUGUGU